CAUUUGAUUAGCGAAUUUAGAACACAAACACAAUUUCGAAGUUGAGUUCCUCGCCUUCGGACUCACAAACCCCACCCCCAGCUUCACGCUUCUAGGAACGGAAACGCGACGCUCGGGAUCCUAAUAUUGCCGGCACAAACUUCACCUCCUAUCCUUUUUCUUCAAAAUCCAAAACUUUAAACCUGCAAUUUUAAAAAUAAAUCACGGCCGUUCAUUAUCAUCGGCAUUUGUCUUUUCUUCUUAUUUUGAAUCAACCGUGCUGUUUCCCCUGCACUCUCACUUGGAUUGAGGUCGAAGCGAAGAAGGAUAACUAUGGCGACGGCACCGAGCAGCAAUUCGACGGCGAAGGUAGGAACCCUAGGUCUAGGAUCUCCCGUCGCUUCAGUGCCGCCCAAAUCUCAACGUGGUCAGAACAAGCCUAAGUGCAAGCAGUGUGGCAAUGUUGCUCGUUCUAGGUGUCCCUAUGAGAAUUGCAAGAGUUGCUGUUCCAGAAAUCAAAAUCCAUGUCCUAUUCAUGUGUUAAAAGCCAAUACAACUUUUCCUGACAAGACUCCAUCUUCUGGUGCCGCCCCACUUGAUCGGCAGUCCUUUGAACCACCUCCAUCAAUAAGUGCAGGUAGAGUUGCAUCACUUCGACAACUUUCCAAUAGUUUUGCCCAGUUCAAUAAUCUGCACCUUUCGCUUCGUUCAAAGAAGCCAUUAACUAGGAAGGAUGCUGCCGCUAUCAAUGAAUGGAGAUUUUCCAAGUUAAAGGAAUACAACGAGCGAAAUAUUGAAGCGGAAAACGAAGCUUUUGACCGAUACAUGCAAAAUGUUGACUUACUGGAAGAAGUAUUAUCUGUGAAGUAUACAGAUGAUAAUGUGUUGUCUGCAUCAGAGGCUAAUCCUAUUCCAACGGAGAACAAUGAGAUAAUGAUCCCCGGGUUAAAAUUGCAGCUAAGGUCAAACUCAACAAGAAGUGAUGGUGCAAGGAUAAGAAUAAAAAAAAUUGUAGAUGAGGGAUUAAAGAAGCUUCAGAAGUGUGCUGUAGAUGGUGAAAGUAAUGAACAAAUUGAUGAAGUUAAUGAAGCUUCAAAUAAGAGAAAGAGGACCGAAAAGUUAUCAGCUAUAAGCGAUCUUAUGGACAAAAUUAACAAAGCCCGAAGUGAGGAGGAUUUGCAGUCAUGCUUGGAGGUGAAGUUUGAACUUUUCAAUUCAGACGAAAACUCUGCCACAGUGCAACUUACAGACAAUGAGAUGGAUCAGAAUCAAAUUACUGAAGGUGAUGUUGCACCAGCAAAAGAAUUGGAUUAUUCGUUACCAAAAUUGGUUGGGACCACUGAAAUAGAUCAAGAAACUCUCAACACCGUAGACAAACACUUUUCUUCUCUUGAGUAUGUAGAGCAGUUGUGAGGUUAGAUUUCUUGACAAUUAAAAUUUAGCUUGAGGAGAAUGACAGCAAUCUAAAUGCUGUAUUGUUCAAGGAAAAUGCUAUGUAAAAUUAGAAUUAGAAUUAGAAUUAGUCAAAAGCCAAACAAUGUCUUAAAUCUCAGAAUGAAUCCAUUUUUUGAAUUAUUCGGACGCAAACUUGUUAUUUUUUCA